AUGGGAAAUUGUUGUAGAAGCCCUCAUGAAGAGCCAAAUGACGGACCUUUAACAGUCUCUAGAAGCCAAUUUCAAUUGAAUUAUGUAAUUGGCAAAGGAGCGUUUGGAAAAGUCUGAAAAGCUCUUCACACGAAAUCAAAUACAGAAUUUGCGGUAAAAGUCAUGUCAAAGGCAAAAAUUUUGGCUAAGAGGAGCAUAGAUGAUGUGCUGAAUGAGGAAAAAAUUUUAAGCACACUUCAUAGCCCAACUAUUGUGAGCAUGCAUUAUGCAUUUUCUGAUAGCCAGUUUUUAUAUUUAGUAUUAGAUUUAAUGCUUGGUGGAGAUCUGAGAUUUUAUUUGGCUCAAAAAAAAGCUAUUUCGGAAAAAGUAGUAAAAUUUUGAAUUUGUUGCAUAAUAAGAAGCUUAGAAUAUAUUCAUGGGAUGAAUAUUAUCCAUAGAGAUUUAAAGCCUGAAAACUUAUUAUUCGACAGUAAUGGAUAUCUCCAUUUAUCAGACUUUGGAACAGCUAUUAAUAUUUUGGAUCAAAAUGCCAACCAUAUUGAAGGCACAAUUGGCUAUAUAUCCCCAGAAAUGAUUUCUUAUGAACAACAAACGAUUGCGACCGAUUAUUAUUCCCUCGGAAUCAUUCUUUAUGAAUUGAUAACCGGGGAAAGGCCUUAUGAAGGUGCUAAUCGAAGAGAAAUUUCAUUGAAAAUGAAAGAAGAAAUCAAACUAAAAGAAAGUGAUCUUCCAAAAGGUUGAUCAAGCGACAUUCUUGAUUUAGUAAACAAGGUAAUUUAUAUACAGCUUAUACAGAAGAAUCCAAGAAAUAGGCUUGGAUAUCAUGGGGCAAAUGAAGUAAAAAAGCAUCCAUGGUUUUCCGAUAUUGACUGAUUCUCCUUGCAUAUAUUAUAUUGGUAUAUUAUUAAUAACAAUUUUAAUUAAAAUGCCAUCUGAAUCUAUUAAAUUAUCUUUCUAAAAACUAAAAUUUUUAUAUAUGAUUAUUUUUAAUUUUUUUUUUCGAAUUCGAAAAUUUAUUAAUAAAAAUCGAUAGAGGGAGUGAGUAAAACUCGAAAAUGGGGCAUUAAAAGCUCCAUAUAUUCCGAAAGCCACCUCAGCGAAUUUUAGAAAGAAUUUAGAAAUUUCGUACAAUAGAGAUGUGAAUAAUGAAUCGUUUAUUCGUUGCAAAACGCUACUGAAAGAUGAAAUUACUCAGUCACUUUUUGCUGAUUAUUACUAUAACGAAGACAUCCCUAAUUCUACAGACGACUCGAGGGUUGAAUAUGAUGAACCAGUUUCACGUAAAGGCUAA